AUGUUCAGCUCUAGCGCAAAGAUUGUGAAGCCUGGCGAGAAGCCAGAUGAAUUUGAGUCGGGUAUAUCCCAGGCUCUCCUGGAGUUGGAAAUGAACUCUGACUUAAAGGCUCAGCGGGAGUUGAACAUCACGGCAGCUAAGGAAAUAGAAGUGGGUGGUGGCAGAAAAGCCAUCAUUAUCUUCGUACCUGUUCCUCAGCUGAAAUCUUUCCAGAAGAUUCAGGUGCGGCUAGUUCGUGAGCUGGAGAAGAAAUUCAGUGGAAAGCAUGUGGUGUUCAUUGCUCAGAGGAGGAUUCUGCCCAAGCCAACAAGAAAAGCGCACAAAAAAACAAGCAAGAAGCGUCCCAGGAGCCGUACGCUUACUGCAGUGCACGAUGCCAUUCUUGAAGAUCUGGUCUUCCCGAGUGAAAUUGUGGGCAAGAGAAUCCGCGUAAACUGGACGGCAGCAGACUUUAAAGUCCAUUUGGACAAAGCACAACAGAAUAAUGUUGAACACAAGGUGGAAACAUUUUCUGGUGUCUACAAGAAGCUCACAGAAGAUGUGGUGUUUGAGUUUCCAGAAUUCCAGCUGUAAAGCGCAAAAGAUGGCUGAAUAAAACAAUUGUUCAUA